AUGGAUAGUAGAGAUGAAAUGGAUGUGGCGGCCGAUGGGUCCAAUAGGAUCCAGCGAGCGUGUGAUGCAUGCCGGUCGAGGAAGAUCCGCUGUGAUAGAGCGACACCUUGCUCGAAUUGUCGCGGCAGCAAGCUGACCUGCACGACAACUGCACCGGUCCAAAAGCCGCAAAGGCAAAGGAUCCAUAUUUCUGACGAGUAUGAGAGGAAGAUCGACCGCAUCGAAGACCGACUCGCUGGCAUCGAACAUGUUCUCGAAAGCCUCGCUUCCAAAUUGGCCAACCUUGACCUCCACAGGGAAUCGUCUGAGCGUAGCAGCCAGUCGCGAUCAGGCGGUGGUGGCACUGGCAGGAGCGCACAUUCUAGUUCUGACGUGAACGCCAACACCCCUGUUCCUUUCGAGGGCGAAACCACCAUGAACAGGCAGUCGGAACUCGCACAAGAGUUUUUAGAACAAGCUGUGAGGAGUACGCCUUCCAUUGAACAGAAUGCUGAGCUCAAGGCUGCCUUAUCCUCUCUGCAGGAUAUGGUAAGUAGACAGGGCCACUAUACGAACACCAUAGCAAUGUCAACCCCACAUCCCUUUUUCCGCAGCUCUGUCGCCGAUUUCGACUGUUCAAAGCUCGAGAGUCCGCCUUGGGAUGCCGUAAACGAGGUCAUCGACAAAGCUUCCGUAUAUCCGACAAUGUCCUUCGCCGUUGUUUUCCCCUUUCUCAAGAUGCGCAACAUCAAAGAGAUCUCGAAGCAAAUAUUUGACACUCCGGCCGAGUGUACUGUGGGUCGACGGAUUCUGGUGUAUGGAGUGCUCUAUAACCUGUUUCUCGAGUUCUCGAGUUAUCCCGUCGUUAAUCCCAGAGUUGAGAGCUAUCGUGCUUACGCACGCAUAUGCAAGACACAGAUGGAGGUUGCCAUAAGCCAGCUCGAUCUCUAUAUCCCCGCGACCUACGAGAAUAUUCUCGCCCUCCUUUUGGGCGCAGCAUAUGCAAUCGAGAUGUGCAAGCCGUCACUUUGCUGGGUCAUGAUCUCCAAUGCAGCUGGGCUGUGCCAGAGCCUUGGAUAUCAUCGCAUCCAAACCAUGAAAGAUGACAACGAAGACGAACGUAUGGCCAAGGUUCAUGUCUUCUGGUUCAUCUAUUUGAUGGACAAGACGCUUUCGUUAAGACUGGGACGUGCUUCUCUAAUCCAAGAUUGGGAUAUGUCGUUGCCGUAUCCGACCCUGGAAAACGAAACCACUCCCUUUGGCGGUCUCCUCCAGGACGGACCAAAAGGGACAGAUAUGCUGCUCUAUUGGAUAAGGGUUGGUCAGAUCCAAGGCAAGACAUACGAAAAGCUCUUCAGCCCGGCGGCGUUCCUUAGGCCCCAGGAGGAACGAGCCCACAUUGCGGCAGAGCUUGUCAGCGCAAUGAAUGAGGCUUGGGCUGGGCGGGGUGAGGCAAGUGCUCUUGAUUUCGCUUUCAAAGGGGUGACCCUUCCGAGUUACGUACCGAAGAAGACAGGUGUCGGCCCCAGCGCGACCGAUCCGCCGUCCAAGCAAAAGCGUUCGGCCGUUAUGUAUCCGACGCCCGCACAACAGUCAUUCGGUGCCAGCCCGAUCCCUAUGAGAUACAUGGAAGAGUCUUUCGGCGCGAUUGGCGAUAUUUUCUACCAUUCGGAUGUUGUAGUACACUACUCAACGUGCGCGUUGAUCCAACGAGCUUGCAGCCCAGACACGGUGACGUUUAGCCAAGAUUGCCUUGAGUCGGCCCGAGCAGCACUGGUCGCUCAUCAGAGAUGCAGCGAGCAGUUCAAUGUCAAAGGAAACGAAGAUUUGUGGUCCGGAUACAUCCACUGGUCCAUCCUCCAGGCACCCUUCACCCCCUUUAUAGUCAUCUUCUGCAAUGCCAUCCUCCGCUGCGACCCCUCAGACCUCAACUCCCUCUCUGAGUUCGUCCUCAGCCUUGAAUCCUGCCGAACAGUCUCCGAAGGCGCCGACAAGCUCUACAAAAUGUGUCAUCUCUUCCUGCAAGUCGCAAAACUCUACGUCGAGGCCAAGAUCAAAGAGAGCGGCGACCACCCCCAGCAGCAUUCUCAGACCACCGAAAGCGGUUUCUACCAGACCGAUGGCGGCGAGCAGAGCCUUGACAUGAGCGCCAUGACACAGUUUGAUCCUUACCUCAGCGCUCUAGGCUUGAUGCCUAAUUCCGCUUGGCCGAUGGCGGGAUUCCCGCCUUCCAGUAUGGCAACAAGUACAGGUGCGGGCUCAAGCACCGGCAUGGAGGCAUUCUCGCCGGGACAUGGGUUUGAUGGCAGCCUCGCUGGUGGGUUAAGUGGAAACCAGGUGCAGGACUGGUUUUCAGGAUCGAGGUAUCUGAUGAACCUGAUGGAGGAUGAUAUUCAGAUGCCGGAUUUGAACUUAUAG